UUCGGUUGUGAUCGUUCACUGCAGCACGUAGAUGGUAGACACCAAAUAUCGGUAGGCAGACAUGAAGGCGUUCAUUGUAUUCACCAUGGCCCUGGCCCUUGCCAGCGCAAAGGCAGUCGAAAACUCCAACAAGGAAAAGCGAGGAUUGUGGGAUCUGGGAUCGGCUCAGCAUGAAUCGUACGAGAGCUACGGCUAUGACCAUCAGCAGUCUCAUGGAUACUACGGCAACGACUACGCCGAGAAGGAGGUGAAACAGGUCAUCACCAAGAAGGUCCCAGUUCCAUACCCAGUGGAGGUCGAGAAGCACGUUCCAGUCGAGGUGAAGGUCCCGUACCCCGUUGAGGUUGAGAAGAAGGUCCCGGUCGUCGUUGAGAAGAAGGUCCCGGUGUACGUGGAGAAGAAGUACCCAGUCCACGUUGAUCGUCCAUACCCGGUGGAAGUGAAAUACCCAGUCCAUGUCCCGGUGUACCAGAAGGAGUACGUCGAAGUGCCAAAGCCAUACGAAGUUCAUGUCGAUAAGCCCUACCCGGUGUACGUGAAGGAGCCAGUGUACGUCGAGAAGCCAGUCCCGUUCACUGUCCUCAUCAAGAAGGAGCACAAGAAGCCGUUCUGGGGCUAAUUUUGUGCACUGUACUUGAAGUAGAUGGGCUUGUGCAAAUACAGUAGUAAAUGUAAAAUAUA